AUUGCAGUAGAUGCAGUUGAUGUUUAUCACAAAACAGACUGAAAACAAUUUGAAAGUGCCGAAAACGGAAUGCAUCUUUCCUUUAAGAUAUUAGAAGCUUUAUUAUGUUUUAUAAUCGUUCAGCCAAGUGCCAACAGCAUAGAUCAGCAAAGUAUUCGUUCUUUUGAAGAGAAUCUUUUAAAGAUUGUAAAGGAAUAUACUUAUGUAAAAGAUAUUACCUCCUCCUAUGACGACAAAAUAAAAGAGCUUGGGGCUACAACUUCUAGAAUUAAUGGUUUUAAUUUAAUUGGAGCACUGGCUAGCGGAAUAGAAGAGAUUCUAACGCAGAAUAUAAAAUCCUUAGAGUUCGCCGUUGAAGAAGCUGAACGAAUAGCAGAAAAUUACACAAUAAAUCCCGAGUUAACAGAAGUCCAUUAUCUAAAUGCUAGGAAGCUUGAUCCAGACAAGGAAGGUUUUGUUUAUCAUCCAGAAUAUAUGGAAAAGAUAGGUGAUAAUGUGUCGGCAGUUCAAAUUCCUGUUGAAAUCUACGAAGGCCGCAAUGACGUAUUGAACGAUCUAAAGUGGACAAGUGCUAUUGAAAAAACCUGGAUUUCAAAUAGGAAAAAGUAUAAUCAAACUUUAUUCCAAUACUUUGGAAGCUAUACUGGUUUGAUGAGAAUUUAUCCCGCGACUAAAUGGUCUACUCCCGAACCGGAUUUGUAUGAUGCUAGAAGGCAGCCUUGGUACACCCAAGGGGCAAGUUCACCCAAGGAUAUGCUAAUAUUAAUAGAUACGAGUGGCAGUACUCAUGGACAAGCAUUGACAUUAAUAAAAGAGACCGCCAAAGCGAUUUUAAACACUUUGGGACAAAACGAUUACGUUGCAGUCGUAAAAUUUGCCGAAGCAACUCAAUUUAUUGGUUGUUUUAAAAAUUUUGUUCAAGCUAAUCCAAGGAAUAAAGAAGUGCUACUCAACGAUAUUGAUAAAUUACAGGCGGACGAAAUAGCAAUGUAUAAGCAGGCUUUUAAAUUUGCCUUUGAAAGAAUUAGGGAAUUUAAUAAAUCAUUGGAACAAGGGGAUCUUAAUGGAGCAAAAUGUAAUAAAGUUAUAAUGUUUCUUACUGAUGGUGGAACAGAUACUGCUGAAGAUAUAUUUAAAAUGUACAAUUGGCCAGAAAAGAAAGUAAGAGUAUUCACAUAUAUGGUGGGGCCACAACCUAAUGCUUACGCAGCCGUUAAAUGGAUAGCCUGCGCUAAUAGAGGUCAUUACUCCCGCAUUCCUGCUAUGGGUGAUAUUAGAGCAACAGUCCAGAUAUAUUUAGAGCAUUUGGCUCAUAGCGCCAAAGAGUUUGUAUGGACAACAAGUUACCAUAAAAAAUUAGGCAUUAUGUCGACUGUUACACUUCCUGUCUUUAAUACCACAGCUGAUCCACCUAAAAAUACAUCUUUACUAGGCGUAAUGGGUACAGAUGUUCCAAUUAAUUUUCUAAAAAGACUGAUACCGAAAGAAAAGUUAGGAAUUAAUGGAUAUUCUUUCGCUAUAAAUAACAACGGAUAUGUUCUCUUUCAUCCUGAUCUAAUAUCUCAAAGGGGACUGCUAGGUUAUACGCCUAUACUCGAUUUAUUAGAAAUUCAAAUAGAAAGUACAGAUUUAAUAGAGCUUAGAAAGAGAAUGAUACAAAAACUUACUGGUACACACGAGAUGGAGGUAACAGGUCCUGUACGAAUAAUAGGCGAUGGUCAUAUUUAUAACGCAACUCGACUUUAUUAUUAUACGUUUAUACCGAAAACUACAUAUAGUGUGGCCAUAGUUUUACCAUCAUAUCGUAAACAUUUCAUUAAACCAUUUGAGAAAAGCAUUAGGAAUAAACGUUAUUCCGAUGGGAAGAAUUCUUUAGAUGAAGACGUAAUGAUCAUAUCACCUUGGGAAUGGUGCAAAAAUGUGACUGAUGUUGACAAAUUGAAAGAUACAGACAUAAGUGGACCAGAUUGUGACAAAAAUUUGAUUGAUCACUUAUUCUUGGACAUCUUAGCAACCGAGGAUUUACUAUCAAUAUGGAGAGAAAAAAACUCAAAGGAAUUUGUUUCCUCGUUCUUCUAUACAUCCGAAAGUGGUUUGACAAGGUUCUUCCCCCUUUCAAGUCGAGAUUCCUAUCAAGAUGAUGCCGACGUACGGAAAUCAUCUUUCUUCAAAAGAUCAUUGGACUCGAAUGACUGGUUUUUUAGCACAGAUAAUCCCACAGAUUGUUUCAAUGGCAGUUGUACAUCAAAUAUUGUAGUUGGAAAAUCAUUUUCAACUUUUUCUGGGAAGAUGAAAGCUUCAGUAACCGGUUUUAAGAUGACCGCCAACAAACUUCGAAAAAUCAUAAUAGAUAAUGUUGCGUCUUGUACGAAUACUGAUUUCUGUCUGCUAAUUGAUGACGGAGGAUACUUGAUUGCAUCUUCGAAUGAGGACGAUGAGAGAUAUAUUGGAUCUUUUAUUGGCAGUAUUGAAACUCGUGAAAUUUAUGCGAAAGUUAUGAAUUUAUUAGUAAAACAAAACGUUUACAAGCAGAUUAAAGUGUUCGACUAUCAGGCCAAAUGUCCACAAGUUAGGAAAAAGACUAGCGGCGUAUCUAGAACAAUUCAAUUGCCAUUCAUUUACGAAUUACUAACAUUUAGUUGGUGGAACUUAAAAAUGAGUGCCUUAUUUACUUAUAUAAACUUAUUCUUCGUCUCCUCUGAACCAGCAGAUUCCGCCUCGCUAGACGAAACAGCCGAACAAAAGAGCUGCUUAAAAGCAGAAACUCUCUAUAUGCUAGAACAUAUUCAAAAUGUACAAGCUGUAUUACGAGAAUGCUCAGAAUGCGAUAUAGGAAACGUCGAAGGAUACAAAAUUAAAGAGACAAAUCUAUUUUUCGUCUCCUAUAAUGAUUUUAACAGACAAUGCGACAUCUCUUGCCCAUUUGAUCUCCUUCCUCAUAAAUCUACAUUAAGUGACGAUCCAGAUUACGCAAAACUCGAAUGUGUUCCAGAUCAGAGAUUUAGAAGAAGACCGGAUUAUUGCUUUCAAAUUAAAGAAACUCAAGUUUGCGGGACAACUUUUACCUAUCCAAAUCUAUGGAUGAUAUUAAUAUUAAUUGUUUUCAAAUUUAAACUACUUUAGAUCAAACAUUCGGCAGAAAAACGACAAAAAAAACGAAAAAAAAUAAAAAGAAACUUUUUCUCUCUUCAAAAACAGAAAGAAAACACCCUCUUCCUGUUCGAAAAAAAUACUCUCUUUGUUUUACUACGCACAAUCAAUCCUUUAUAAUCGAAUAUAUCUUUUCUUUCUUUCUUUACGGGUACUUAAAAAAGUGAAGAUGUUGUAAAUUUUUCACCUAGUAAGAAGAAGAAGAAAAGUAAAGGAUCAGUUUUGUUAAAGAAAAGGAAAAAAGAUAAAUGAAAAUUUUCUUAUAUGGAAUUAUUCUUUUUUUUUUGUUGAUUUUUUUUUCCCCUUUUUCUUUUGAUAUUAAAGAAAUGUUGAUAAAAAUAGACAAACAAAGCGUUACGUUUUCUAGUUAUUGUUUUUUUUUUAUCUAUAAAGCUAAUU